AUGGAGCCCAACUUCUUCAACAACUCAGGGCUCAUGCUCCUCUGCAAGGACGGCAGCGCCGUUCGUGCCAUCGAUGUCUUGAAGGACGCCGAGUACGUGCUUAUGUACUUUUCCGCACACUGGUGCCCGCCGUGCCGCACCUUCACUCCGAUGCUGAAGAGCUUCUACGAGACCCACCAUGCCAAGAAGAAGUUCGAGGUUGUGUUCAUGUCAUCGGAUCGAUCUGAGGAGGAGAUGAUGAGCUACUUUCGUGAGUCGCACGGGGACUACUACUGCCUGCCGUACGCGGAUGCCAGGUCGAUGGCGCGGGUGUGGGGCGACACAUACAAGUUCAAGACAAUUCCUACGCUUCUUGUGUUCGAGAACGCAAAUCCGCGCAAACUGAUUGCGCGGUGCGGCCGGGAAAUGGUCAUCAAAGACCCGCUCGGAAAUCUUUUUCCUUGGCCCGAUGCGGACGCGCAGCAGCCGGCUGAGUCAUUCAUUUUCGACUACACACGUAAGGCAGCCAUUGUACUGGGCAUCUCGGUACUCCUCUACUCACUGAUCAGCCGCAGCUUGUGA